AUGCCAGAACCAACAACAGCGCUAUCAGAAAAUACCUCUCUUGAAAGUUCAAUGAAAAAGAACAAAUCUUCAAAUACCAUUGAGCUUCUCCAAAAAGAAAAGCCUCCUGUUAUUUUGCAAUUGGGCAAGGAUGAUAAGUCAGCAACAAAUAACAACAUCAAGAUCAAUCUUGGAGUCGGAAUCGGAAGUAGACAACGCAAAGAAUCAGCAACAUCUGCCUCGCGAGUGUCUAAUGGAACUAACACCUUCAGUACAAGUGAUGCACUAUCAAAGUUAACUGAUGGUCAAGAAAACGUUUUGAGUUAUGCCAAUACAGCUUCAAUCAAUGAGGAUAAUCAACCAAAAUCUGUUGGAAUAAUUUCUACAGACAAAAUUCAUCACGAAAUUUCUCAACGAAAGGAUCAAAAUAAUGAGGAAGAGGAGAGCGACCAAGAAUAUGAAGAUUCUCAAGAACCUGAUCUUUGUAACGUGUUUGUCAAAUAUUUACCUCAACAUUUUACUGACCAAGAUUUAAGAGAGUUGUUCAAACCCUAUGGAGAAAUUGUUACUUGUCAUGUGAUGACAGACAAACAAAGAGACAAUGUAUCCUUAGGAUUUGGCUUUGUUAGAUUUUCAUCUGAGUCAGAAGCACAAGCAGCCAUUAACGGACUAAAUGAAAAACCUAUUGAGAACAAGCGAUUACUUUGCAAAUUGUCCAACAAAGUUGACAACAAAGAAAAAGAUCAACAAAGUAAUCUUUUCAUCAGAAACAUUCCUCCCCAUUACGAUGAAGAAAAGCUCAAGCGCGCAUUUGAGGUGUUUGGGCCUAUCACCAAGGUUAAAAUUAUGAGAGACCAAACCACUCAAAAGAGCAAGUGCUAUGGCUUUUGCGAAUUCGAAAAAAGAAGUGAUGCACUCACAGCCAUUCAACAAAUGAAUGGAUCUAAGCUCGAAGACGAUUCUUCAAAAGAUAUUCUCCCACUAGUUGUUAAAUUUGCUGACACCGAACAAGAAAAGCAAAAAAGAAAACAAAAAAAGAGACAAACUCAACAUGUACAAGCUCACAUUCCUCCCAAUGCUUUGCUUCACAUGAACACAGUUGCAAACGUUCUAGCAAACAAUUCUACUAAUGUCAAUCCAGCCAUGUUUUCCUAUCCAAUGUAUCAGCAUCCACAUCAAAUGUUAAUCAAUCCUUCUUCGUCAUUGAUUGACAGAAGACGAAGCUUAUCGGAUGAUAUACAAAACACAGAAAUCCCAUCUAACCCAUAUCAUGCAGAUAUGCUUUCCCAUUUUCAUCCUAUGGCCUACUAUGGCCAUGUUCCUCCACACAUCCAACAACAUCUUCCUAUGCCUCAUCUACCUCCUUCUGAUCGUAGUGCAGUUGUUGGAAGUAAGGCUCAACCAAAGAGCAUUGGAACCGAAGCAACAAACACUACUGAUAAUCAAAAUAGAGAAACUCUGACAGAUGUUAGGACAUCCCAUAAUUACAUGCAUCAUGGCUUUGGAAACAUCCCUUAUUACAACCCUUACUUCAAUCCUUACACUCUACCACCUCACCAAUUUUAUCCCUCUACUUUGCCUAUUUAUGAUGAAUCUUUACCAUCAGCCAAUAAUAAUGAUUCUAACAACAACAACAAUUACGCAAAACGUAAAGCAAUUUCCACACAAACAAAUUUAGAAAAAGCAGAAGAAAAAGAAGGAAAAUCUGAACCAGCUAACUUGUUCAUCUUCCACCUUCCAGGAGAUGUUGACGAUAAUAAGCUCCAUGAUCUCUUUAGUAAAUUUGGAGACAUUGAAUCUGUGAAAGUAAUAAGAGAUAGCAAGACCAAUUUGAGUAAGGGUUAUGGAUUUGUCAAAUACUUUAGCAUUGAAUCUGCUAUUGAAGCAGUAUCACAGAUGAAUGGCUACCAGAUUGGAAAGAAGCAUUUGAAGGUUUCAUUCAAAACUGAUGGAAAUAACUCCUCUGCCACUUCAUCUAGUACCAUCAACACGGCUCAGAGUAACGGCUCACCAAGCACCACAUCUAACCCAGGAUCUCAGCCUCAACGUGUUGUUGCGCGUGACAACCAAAAGAAUCAAAAUGUUAACACCUUCACAACCACAACGACACCUACAACAGCUACGACCUCAACUGCUUCCUCAAUACCGUCCUACAGAGAUGUCUCCAAAGCAGCCAUUCUUCUCGACAAUAAGAAGCAAAACCCUCCUACACAAACAGUGGCAGCAACCACCACUUCUCCUAAAUUGGUUGAAUUCCCUGCUCUUUCCACGAAAAAACAACGAUAA